AUGCAGACGACUCCGUUGUGGCUUUGCAUUUCUGAGGUGAGUGUGACUCUUUCUGCUCGUCAUGUUGGUCUCUUUCAUCGUUUCUCGACGUUGCGUCCGGCCGCCACUUGCGAGUCGGUCGGUUCUGCGUCUCGUGGCCGGUGUUUCGAGGCACGGCAACCGUUGCUACGCGUGACGUCAGCCGUAGAGACUGGAUGUUUCUCGCAAACCAGCAGUCGUCCGGCGGAAUCAACGUCUCAGAGACUGGAUGAGCAUGCGAUUGCUUCGGCGGCAAAGUCUGCGAGACUACUUGUUUGGUCUGGCCGAUGGUGUGUCCGAGAUGAACGAGAUGGCUUCCACAAUUGCGUUGAAAUGGGUCUGUCAGUCUACUUUUGUCCAGCUCCGCCCACCCGUCUUUGCACUCCUCGAAUGGUUCGUCUCCGUCAAGUGCCGUUCCCCAAUGCCACUUUGCAUGUGUGUCAGUGUACAUGGAUCGGCACCGACUGCUCGGCCACAUGA